UCUCUCUCUCUCUCUCUCUCUCCCUGUCCUGGUGGCUAUUCGUCGUAUGCUCUCUCCGUAAGCCUUUUCUUUCCCAGUCUCAAAGCCGGCGACCUCGUCGGACUCCCCAUCGGAUCUCGCUGGAAGUCCUGGAUUUUUGUCCCCUCCGAACACCCGAUCCGAUUGAGUGUUCGAAUCUCGGCCUCAAUUGGCAUAUACAUACACAUAUUCAUUCCUUAAUCUCAAUUUAUUAUAUAAAAUAAUAUUCGUUGUUAUCCAUGGAGGAUUGCUUGAGCAGCGACGAGGACUACUACUACUCCGAUCGGGACUCGCUGGACGGCCUCGAGAACGAGGAGGCUGAGUUCCAGUGUGCGCCUCCCAAGGGUCCCACAACUAAGGUAAUUACAAAAGAAUCUCUUUUGUCUGCACAGAAGGAGGAUUUGCGUAGAGUAAUGGACAUGUUAUUCCUGAGAGAGCACCAUGCUAGGACCUUACUUAUUCAUUACCGCUGGGAUGUUGAGAGGUUGCUUGCGGUGCUUGUAGAGAAAGGGAAAGCUUGCUUGUUUGCUGAAGCAGGUGUUAAAGUUGUUGAUCAUCAAGAUCUCGACUCACCAUCGUAUCCUACAAUAACGUGUGAUAUCUGCAUGGAGGAUUUACCUAGUGAUGUGGCAACAAGAGUGGACUGUGGCCACUGCUUUUGCAACAAUUGCUGGACAGAGCAUUUUAUUGUGAAAAUAAAUGAGGGUCAAAGUAGGCGCAUCAGGUGCAUGGCACACAAAUGCAAUGCUAUUUGUGAUGAAGCUGUUGUUAGAAAUCUAGUUAAUAAAAGGCAUCCUGAGAUGGCAGAAAAGUUUGAUCGUUUUCUUCUUGAGUCAUACAUUGAAGAUAAUAAGAGGGUUAAAUGGUGCCCAAGUACUCCACACUGCGGGAAUGCAAUACGCAUUGAGGAUGAUGAAUUCUGCGAGGUAGAAUGUUCAUGUGGUUUGCAGUUUUGUUUCAGUUGCUUAUCAGAAGCUCAUUCACCUUGUUCCUGUUCGAUGUGGGAGCUUUGGGCCAAGAAGUGCCGAGAUGAAUCAGAAACAGUUAAUUGGAUUACAGCUCAUACAAAGCCUUGUCCGAAGUGUCACAAACCUGUGGAGAAGAAUGGUGGUUGCAACCUUGUGAGCUGUAUCUGUGGUCAAGCGUUUUGUUGGCUGUGUGGUGGAGCCACUGGCCGAGACCAUACGUGGUCAAGUAUAACUGGUCACAGUUGUGGUCGGUUUAAAGCAGAACGAGAGAAAAAAUCUGAACGUGCAAAGCGGGAUCACUAUCGGUAUAUGCACUAUUAUAAUCGCUACAGAGCCCACAUAGAUUCCUUUAAGCAGGAAAGUAAAUUGAAAGAGACCAUACAAGAGAGGGUAUCAAUUACCGAAGAGAGGGAUUCAAGGCUCAGAGAUUUCAGCUGGGUAAAUAACGGACUUAGCAGACUUUUCAGGUCCAGGCGUGUUCUUUCUUUUUCAUACCCAUUUGCAUUUUAUAUGUUUGGAGAUGAGCUGUUCAAGGAUGAGAUGACACAGGAAGAAAGGGAAAUAAAACAGCAUUUAUUUGAGGACCAGCAGCAGCAACUUGAGGCAAAUGUUGAGAAACUUUCCAAGUUUUUGGAGGAGCCCUUUGAUCAGUAUGGUGAGGAUAAAGUUAUGGAGAUAAGGAUGCAGGUCAUCAAUCUGUCAGUGAUCACAGAUACUCUCUGUCUGAAAUUGUAUGAUUGCAUUGAAAAUGAUUUGUUGGCUUCUCUCCAAUUUGGUAACCACAAUAUAGCUCCGUACAAAUCAAAGGGCAUUGAGAGGGCAUCAGAACUUACUACUUGCUGGAAAGCCAAUAACAGUGACAAAUGUCUACCUUCAGAUUGUGGUGCAAGUGGUGGGACAGCAGAAUUUGAUCAACCUUCAGGCUCUGGGAGUUCAGAUGAGAGUGGAUGCCCUCUCAGGAAGCGUGCUAGAAAGGAUGGUCUUGGAGAUGGCCUUUUCGAUCUAAACUUGCCAGCAGAGGUCGUUGACAGGAACUGAACUUGGAAGUUGUAGGCGCAUAAAUACAACAGCUGUACAGCUCUAACCUAAGCCCAUGCUUACUUCAAUGAGAUCGAUCAUUUCUGGAUUAUAAUAUCCAAGACCUUCCACCUUUUUUGACAUUCUUCUCCGUUCUCUGACUUGGGCUUUAUAAAAUAUUUUGAUAUUCUCGAAGAGAAACUUUAAGAUACUUAUGCCUAUAUCUUUCCUUUCCUCUUCGAAAAUCCAACAAUGUAUAUAGCCUUUUAUUGGGCUUUCCUGGGCAAUAGAUAUGUAAAUUUUCUACCUGAGACUUGAGGGUGGAACCCUCUUAUACACCUUCUCAGAUAUCUUGGUAUUUUUCGAUGCUGGAAGUAAAGGUAACUUUGCUAAA